AUGAAAGCUCUUCAACAACAGCGAUUAGCCGCCAUCGCCGCCUCCUCACAGAUGGGUCCGGAUGAAAGCUCUUCAGCAACAGAGAUUCGCCGCCGCCGCCGCCGCAUCCACACAGUUCAAUUCAUUACUUCCAGCGGCCACCAUCCUUUCUCUUACAACAAACACAUGAACAUUUUGAACAAUAAUCCAAGGGGAUCUCAUAUUCAAUAUCCCCGUAAGUCACUUGCGAGAUUCAGAAUCGGAAUCGAAGUAGACGUCGCAGUCCGAGGCCAGAUCAGCUUUCUCUUCUCGGCGAUCCAGACAAGACCUGAUUGGUCUUCGCAGCUGGCGAUUGGCCUUCUACGAACGGAAGUCUCCGGGAGUCAAUUUGCCGCUGGCCGCUUUCCACCGAACAUCUUCGAUAAUUAUUGGGUGAAUCGUAAUCUUGAUGCUGGCCACCAAAUGUUCAUUGCAAGUUGUGUUCGGACAAAUAUUGGUUAUGUUCGGUCGUAUAAGCUGUUUAGGGAGAUUGUUGGUGAGUAUUCCAAUGUUGGUGCUACUGGGGUGGAUUUUAAGAAUUUCAAGCGUGAUUUGAUGGCAUACAUAUUGAAUGGUGAUGUUCAACUAUUCAUAGAUACGCUUUUUAAAAGGCGUGAAUUGUGCAAGGCUUUUGAGUUUGAAUAUGAUGUUGAUGACGUUGAUCAGCUUACAAGGGUUUUUUGGGCAGAUGCAGUAUCAAGGAAGAAUUUUGAAUUGUUUGGUGAUAUUGUUUCAUUCGAUGCUACAUACCUCUCUAACAGGUAUAAUUUGGUGUUUGUUCCAUUUACUGGAAUCGAUAACUAUAAGAGAUCCAUCACAUUUGGUGCUGGUUUACUUACGAGGGAAGACGUAAACUCAUAUUUGUGGCUUUUGGAGAGAUUUAAGACAACCAUGCGUCAUGAACCUAUUUGUGUUGUUACUGACCAAGAUCCAGCUGUCAAGGUUGCAGUUGCUCGUGUGUUUGGUACAUCAAAACAUAGAUUCUUCAUGUGGCAUAUAAUGUGCAAGGUUGGUGAGAAGGUUGGACCGGUUUUAGCUAAGGACGAGGUGUUUAGGAGGAAGUUGAAUGGCAUUGUUUGGAACAAAUCUAUAGAUUCCAAAGCUUUUGAGGAUUCAUGGAGUCGUAUUAUGGAGGAAUAUGGUUUGAUUGAUAAUGGACAACGUCUCGAUCAGAGUCUCAAAAUAGUUUUUUUGGCAGUUUCUCUAAUGGUCAUUCCAACACCAUUGGCGUUGGAGAAACAUGCAAUGGAUGUAUAUACCAUUUUUGUAUUUUAUGAUGUUCAAGUAGAGAUUUGUGAAGGUUGGUUUUCUUGUCGAGUGGUGUCUUUGUGUGAUUGUGAUGGUAAGGUGUGUUAUGGGAUAAAAGAUGGUGACAAGAAGGCAUGGUGUGUGGAGUUUUUGUUGGCUGACUCUAUUGCUACUUGUUCAUGCAAGAUGUUUGAGUGGAUGGAGUUGGUGAGUAGGCAUAUCUUUUUUGUGUUUAAAGACCGUGGACUUGAGAGAAUUCCUUCUAUGUAUUUGGUGUCUCGGUGGAUAAAGGGUGCUUGUUUGAAGCCAAUAUUUGAUAUUGAUGAUACGGUUGUUGAUCAAUCGGCUAAAGUGGAUAAUGUUAGGGUGCUUACUAAUCUAAUGUGGUCUGAAAUAUAUGCUUUCGUGGGAUUGGCUGAUGAUGGGUGUGAGGAUGACAAUGCGGUGGCUGGUAGCAGCAAGGAAAGUGUGAUUAAAUCAUUUUGUGGUGAUGUGUCUCAGGGGUCAACAGUGGAGGUGCGUGAUCCAAUUAAAGCUAAGAACAAGGGCAGCGAGAAGCGGAUGAAGAGUGCAAGGGAGAAAGCUCCGAAUAAGUGUGUAAAGCAAUCAAGGAAAUGCCAUACUUGUGAUGAAUAUGGUCAUAAUAGUAGGAUGUGCCCAUUAAAUGGCUAG